AGCAAACAAACCCUCGCUUCAGCAUAGCUCUCACUCGUGCCUAGAGAAGGCAUCGAAUCACUUUUACGAUCCAGUCCAGUGCUUGUCGCAGUCCAUUGCCCCACCGACACCUCCGAGCAGGCAGGCAUAAAGGUGACGUAGCAAGGCUGCGAUUUGGCUUGCUAAGCGCUUCGUCCAUCGAGUUCCUACAAAGCACAUCGACAGCCUUCUGCCGCCACCACGCUCCUCAACCCUUCUGGUCUUUCGGACGUCCUCUCCUACUGGUAUCGAUGCUGUGGGACGCUCCAAUCGAGACCGAUAUCCUUUGAAACCCCCUAGAUCCCCAUGAGUCUCCGUACGACUUGAUCGAACGAUGGAAAGUCAUAAACACCAUCACAUUGAAGAGCUGAUGAACGGCAGUCACGGCAAACAUGGAUCAGAAAUAUCAAGAGCUACAUCUCCAGCUGGUGCGGUCACCAUGGACCAUGGCGCUGUUGAUGGCGAAGACCCGGUCAAGCGCAACAGACCAAGGACCUACCCUUAUUUCACAUCGCUGCCAUACUCCGUUGAGGAUGAGCCCACGAGACAACGAGAUCUAGCAGAAAUCCUGAAACAUCUCUACAUUGCCAUACAGUCCAGUGAUUUCACACCGGGGGCAGUGCAUUGGACCAGAGAACUGCGCAGUUGGCUGUCUCUAAAGUUCGACCCCUCAAAGGAAGAUCGUGUGAAGCUCGUCAAGCUCUACUAUGAACUCGCUCUGGCUCCUGGCAUCGACCCCAGCGUGGGCGAACGUUUUGCCAGCAUGUUCAUGCUCCUCACAAAGCGGAAGCACUACCUACGACCUCAUAAAGACCUCACACUCGAUUGGCGUCCCUUGUACCGAGAACUGAAAGUGUUUGUCCUCCCAAGCGAGUCGGGAUUGAUGCAGACCACCAAUAUGAGGAGAAAUAUCAAGACCUUGACCAAGAUCGCCUCGUUUUCACAGUUGUACUUCGACCCAGAGGAUACUCUGGCGAUGUUGGAAGAGCUGCUACCACACUUCACAAUGUCAUCUGCUGAGGGAGCUUUCGUCGUAAUUGGGUUGCUGAAUAUGCUUCUCCCAACAGCACCACCUCCGCCUAAUCGCUCCGAUCUGGUGCCACAGCAAUUCCUACCGACUUUUUUUCAUCUAUGGUCCUUGGUCAGCCGGUCUCGGACGGUGGAUGUAGCAUUUCUUGAUUUGUUCUCGCGAAUGGCGCGGGACUCCUUACCGAGUAAGCAUAUCAAUUUCUCGGAAUUCGGGAUCUUCACGCCGGAGCAAUCUACCCUGAUGACAACCGCCAUUCUGAGAUUGCUGGAGAUUCCAGUCGGUCAGUCUACCUCGCCUUACAGCGCCCUUGUCGACUUGUCGGCUGGAAUGGGUAUCCUGCUGGACAGAGAUUCUAGGAAGCAUCCAGUGUCGCAUCAUAUUGCCCGCUGGUUUGUGAUGUCUCUGUCACCAGCCUGCCUAGAGCACAAGACUUCGGUCCUCUCUCUUCUCGAGAACCUCAUCCAAGCAAUUGAGACCUUUUUUCAUCCCUCAAAUUCCGGUUCGUGGACCAGAACUCUGGCUCAGCUGGUCUUCUAUCUUGCAGACUUCUUUGUCAUGCGGUGGAACCGAGAACGCAAUGGAGAAAUGGAAGUGCCAGAGGAGAGAAGGCUCAACGACGCUCUUCGGAAGCGUUUCGUCUUAUGCCUGCGCGAAGUCAUCUUCAUGGGUAUCUAUGCAAAGAGCGGCACAGCGAUGAGCUACUCAUUAUCUACUCUGCAAGCUCUUGCGUUCCUCGAGCCCGACCUGAUUUUGCCAGGUGCGUUACAGCGCAUCUAUCCUUCGAUGCAAGGGCUUGUUGAAGUCCACCGCACGAUAUCGUCAUUGCGUUCUCUCCAGAUUUUGGCGAGAACUAUGAUCAGAACGAAAGGCUACCGGUGCCAUAUUACAGCUCUACUUGGUCUUGCUCUACCUGGUAUCGACGCCAACGAUCUGGAAAAGACACUCUACACACUCUCGUUCUUUGCCAAUGUAUGCUACAACAUUCCAUUUGAGGACCUUUCUCAGGGCCGUGAAGAUGUUCAAGGCAAUAUGUUGGCUAUGGAAUGGAUCACUGGCGAAAUGGAACGAAUGGAGCAAGAAGGAGCAAGUGUGGAGCUCAACUAUGCAAACCUGAACGAGAAGGAUGAAGAGAUGAUUCUUGCUUCAUCGACUGCUGGGUUCGGCGAGUUUGUCUCAUCCUUUGUGGGCAGGGUUUUCACACUUUUAGAGAAUCUGCCAGACGCCGCGCGAAUACGGAGCGGAUCACCUGAAGAGAACAUUGUCAACACAUUACCUGCCGCGUUCAUGCCUCUGUUGGCGUCUCUGUCUCCGGAGCUUUUCGACAUGGCUUUGAACAAGAUUGUGGAUUUUGUUGCGAACCACGUCAUCCACCAGUCCAGAGAUGCCAUGGCCUUCAUUUGCAACUGUCUCUGCAAAGUCGAUCCCGAAAAAGCGCUAGCCAAAUUUGUCCCUGUGUUAAUCAGCGCUAUCCGCACGGAGAUUGAUGAAAAUGGAGCAGGGUCAACCAGAAAUGCUGCCUCUGAUGUUCUCCCUCGAGACCGAGGGCUUGUCUGGAAUAUCAGCAUGCUCAGUAUGUGUGUGGUCCAUGUGGGUUCUGCCGUCCUGAAGUACAAGCAAGAGCUGUUUGAUAUUGCAGUCUAUAUGCAACAGAAAUGCAAGGGUAUGCCGACCGUGCACGUCUCAAAUUACGUGCAUCACCUGCUACUCAAUCUCACAGUGACGUACACAGCGGACUAUGCUUUGUAUGAACCAGACAAGCUUAAGAAUGGCAUAACGGCUGAGCUAUGGGGCGUUGCGGAGCCUCCAGCAUCCAUCAAACCGAAAUGGCACGUCCCAUCCAAGGAGGAGAUCGACUUCGCCAUCGAGCUAUUCCAGAACCAAGCCGAAAGUGCGCUGAAGCACCUCAGAGGUCUGAUCCGAGGGUCUUCUAGCAUUAAGCGAGAUGGCAGCGGCAAGGAAUGGUCAGAUGAAGUGUCCCGCAAUCUUGUAUUGCUACGUCUGCUCCUCGCUGGGGUGUCAGUAUUGUUUGACUCCAAUGGUGUCAAUGAAGGCCUGAAAACUACAGCCGCCGGCGUUGAUGCUGAAAAAUCCAUGUCACAAGCCAAUGGCCAUGCCCCUGAGGGCAGCGACAUCGACAAUGAGAGCCAGGAAAUGAGCGAAAGUGAGACGUCUCUCGAUGGCACCGAUGAAACUUCCCUCAAACCAUCCUUUCAGUAUCCCAGUGGGCAAAUCCUGAAACCCGGCGAUAGUGGAUACCAAGAGCUUCAUUCCCUCCGACAAGAGAUUGGACGUGUCCUUCAUGAAGUGCACGGAUUCCUUACUCGCGAGGGAGAGGAUGAUGUUUCUUCUUUCGCACCUUUGUAUACGGCGUAUAGAUCAUGGUUCGUUGACGUCGGCAUCGAAAGAUCAGCACACGUCCUCGACCGGGUCACACGCUUGCUGCAUGCGGAUGAGCAACCCUACAAAGUCAGUGGCGUGAGAAAGGACUAUCCUCGUUCGAUUCUCGUACGCCGAGCAAAUGUCUACCACACUCAGAGAAUGCGACAUAAUGCCACGCCCCGACCCCGUUCAGAGCUGGAUGAGCAGCUUCUUCUCGAUCUCGCCCAGUCAUCUGUGUCUCUGUAUACCGAGGUCCGUAGAAAUGCUCAGAGUGCUGGAGAGUCAGCGUUGAAGGUUGUCUUUGGCGCUCGACUGUUUGUCAUCCCGCCGCUACUGGCAGCGUUCCGAGCGGCUGUAAAGAGCAACAACUUCCCUCGUAUUAAAGGUGGCUUGUUCGCCCUCUUAUUCGGCAGUCUUGCAAAGACGGUUGGCCGACACUGGAAGUACACUCCUGAUGUGAUCCGGACGUUUAUCGAGGCCAGUACAGCAGACAAGCCCUCGAUACAGAAGCUCUGCAGUGGUGGCUUGUUUCAAAUCAUGGAAUAUGGUCGUCCGGGAGACCGCAUGGCCAUCAUUGAUCGAACCUAUGUCGACCUUUUCACGCCAGACGAGGAUGUGGAAGACAAAAUACAAAAGAAGAAACAGUUUGUCCUGAGCAAACGCGCCAACAUCGAGCGGAAGAAAGCUGAACUGGCCGAAGAGCUUAUCGAGCUGGUCCGUGUGUCUCACUGGAAGAAGGCAACUCGAGUUGCUACCGUUGUCAUGUCAUUAGGAAUGCGAUUCGAUCACAUCGCUUCAGACAACAUGAUCGAUCUCAUUACUCGCGGUACAAUUGAUCCUCAUCCCGGGCUUCGAGGACUUUACUCGCAAGGUCUGGUGGCUCUCUUCACCAUGACUGAUGUUCGAGCCGUGUGCAACCAUGACUAUGCAAACUAUAUCCAAGCAUUGCAGGAGUUUCCCGCGAAAGUUAAGGUCGAGACACACGCCGAGGAUCCAGCAUGGACAGACGGCUAUCUCAAGGCUUUCUCCCAACCAGAAGCUGACGUCUACAUCGAUCACGACUACCCAGGUUGGCUGGUUUGGUCAAAGACCAUGCCCGGUUACAAGGCCAACGUCAAGAAUGACAUCGUUUACGAUGAACUUGAAUGGAAGAAGCGUACAAUCAUCGGAAAGCUACUUGAUCGAGAAUGGUUUGUCACAUUUUUCAAGUACCUCAAACAGGAACCGCGAGAUCAGUCUGCAGAUAAGUUCCGCAUGGCCAGCGCCGCGAUGUUGACAUACGCGUUCGAGCUGAUCAUUAGGGACGGCCUGGCCGUUGCCACGUUCGAAGAAAUCAAGGAGGAGACACUGAAAGUUUUCGAAGAUGGAAGUGACAAACACCAGCAUCGCGCUACUGCCGAGAUCCUCGCUGGAAUGGUCACAUCUGUCAUGGAUAAUUCGAUUGAGCGACGAACAAUGGUGUGGGAGUUCGCUUUCCCCAUCAUUCAGCGCGUCUUCUCGGAUGGAUUGACGCCUGAGAACUCUGGCUACUGGACAACAUUCCUGCACAUGAUUUUACAGGCGCGAGACCCACGUCGAGCCUGGCCGCUGGUCGAGUGGCUGGCAAAUUUUCGUCUGGACAUGGGCUCCAAUGCUGCGUUCAAAGAAAGUUCGAAGAUACAUCUCUUACACCAAGUCAUCAUGGACGCGGGCUGGCAUUUCCAACUUGACAGACCAAUUACGGAGGACUUCCUCGAUCAUAUCGAUCACCCAUAUAAAGGUGUUCGGGAGGCUAUGGCCCAUACGCUUGCGACUAUCUUCCGAACCCGAUAUCAUGAAUCUUUCAAGGAUGUCAGAGAACUCAUCCAAGCCCAAAAGACUGCUGGAUCCAUUGGCGAACAGCCGUACUUGCCCACUGAAGAGUUCGAUGGCACCAUGCACGAGAUCUUUGGGCGAUUGGAGAAAUGGCGGCAAGAACGGACCCCAGGUCAGCAAACACCCUCGGCCUACACAUCUGGAAGCAAGACAGUCUUACUGUGGCUCGACUCGAUGCUUUCAUCCUACGAGUGUACCCAGCUUCUCAAAUACUUCCCGGACCUGUUCACUGAACAAUUCUUGCACAUGAUGGAUGUGAAGGAAGAUCCGGAGUUGCAGUCUCUGGCAUAUCAUGUCUUCCGUCAUCUGCCAAACAUUCCCCAUCGCAUUGGAGAAGACAAGAAACUGGUGGAUUCGCUGAUACGCAUUGGGAGAACCUCACCUUCUUGGCAUCAACGCCUUCGAGUCAUGAUCAACAUGCAAAUCAUCUUUUUCAGGCGACUGUUCUUGUUGUCUGAGGAUAGCAAACAGAAGCUGUUUGAUUGCGUCGCUGGUAUGCUUGAAGAUACUCAGCACGAGGUCCGUGCUGGCGCUGCCACUACCUUGUCCGGCAUGAUACGAUGUUCUCCUGUGGAGUGGAGAGAUAGCAUGAUCAUCAAAUUGCGCGAUCGCUUUACACAGAUGCUCAUCGAUAAUCCUCUUCCGAAGAAACCAAAGGGCCAGCUGGCAGGCUUGUCGUCAGCACGCACUUCAGGGACGAACACACCAACACCAGAAGCUCAGCGAUUGGUUGUUGUCCGACAUGCUGCGGUCCUGGGACUAGGUGCUUUGAUCCAGGCAUUUCCAUACUCAAGCCCACCACCACCGUGGAUGCCAGACGUGCUCGUGACACUGAGCAGCAAAGCUGCCAAUGACCCUGCAACUGUCGGUAACAGCGUAAAGAGCAUCAUUAGCGACUUCAAAAAGACGAGGCAGGAUACUUGGCAUAUUGAUGUAAAGGCGUUCAAACCAGAACAAAUCGAAGAUCUCGCGGGCGUCUUAUGGAAGAGUUAUUUCGCUUGAACGAGCGGAGCCUUUUUGGGUUGGCAUAGCGUCGGGUGCCUAUUUUUUAUCGUUGCCAGGCAAAUAUCCCCUGGGGGUGUCGGUCCUGAUAGAAGAUAAUUAUCACUUUUUUUUUCAUCCUUGUGUGAGUAUUUUCGGCGCGUGCAACCGCGACGGCGGCUUCGGUCCGCUACGAUUGGGUAUUGGUAGAGAUGAAGGGAACGAGAACACAGGCCGAAAUAUUUGGGGUUGGAGACGAAAAUGGAAAAGCGAUAAAAACGAAGCAAUGCCCUGUAGACCAAUACAGACCGAAUCCGAAAGAAGAAUUGAGGAGGAAUAGUGAGUGGUUGCUGCCAAAAAUAAUCCACCAUGAUCGUGUCUUC